AUGUCUAAUGCUAUGUCUGAUGCUGUGCUUAAUGCUGUGCUUGAUACUGUGUUUGAUUAUGUCUUACUCCAUGCAUUGCAGAUAUUUCUCAGCUGA